AUGGUGACUGACAGGGAGGGUGUCUCAGUGGAGGAGCAAGUUGCCAUGUUUCUCCAUGUUGUUGGGCACAACCAGAGGUUUAGAGUUGAUUGUAUUGGUGCCAUUGAUGGCACUCAUGUGCUGGCAAGGGUGCCUAGGCACAUGCAACAAGCUUUCAGGGGUCGAAAAAAGGAUCCAACACAAAAUGUUAUGGUUGUUGUGGACUUCGAUCUGAAGUUCACAUAUGUGUUAGCUGGUUGGGAGGGUUCUGCACAUGAUGCACACAUUCUUUCUAAUGCCAUUGAAAGGGAGGAUGGGUUCACUGUGCCACAAGGUAAAUUUUAUUUGGUGGAUGCCGGAUACGCAUGCCGCAAUGGCUUCCUACCCCCCUAUAGGGGGGUCAGGUACCAUUUGACUGAGUUUGGGGGCACAAACCGACCUACCAAUGCCAGGGAGCUAUUCAACCUCAGGUACAAGACUCAAGUCAGGCUUGUGCUGGCAUGUGCCAUCCUCCACAACUGGAUCAUUAGCUUUGGUACUGAUGAGCAUGUCCCAGCAGAGGAAGGAUUCACUGGCACUUUACCUGAUCCUCUUGAUAGUGUUAGCUUGGAACAAGAUUCACUUCUCAUGGCUCAGAAGAGGGAUGAAAUCUGCAAUGCUAUGUGGGAAGGAAGGGGAACUUCUAGGGUGUGA